AUGGCAGGGUGCCAUUGGCAGCUCAGCUCUACUGCGACUGUGUCAGUAAGAGACUGGGAGCCAGGGAGAGAGGCAAAGUUCCAAAUCUCACUUGCAUCUCGCUGGCCCUGCCAUCUCAACCUCCCCAAGUGCACGGCCGCUGGCAGAGUUAUUCGACCGCCUUAA